GUACGGAACGCUACUAAUAGAUGGCGUUACUACGCUACUGAAUUUUUCCUAUAUUCAUGCGACGCAUUUACGAUAGAAACUUUGAAGGUUAAACAUGUUUUAUUCCACAUUCUAUCACUGUGAUCAUAUUAAAUCUACAUUGAAGAAAUAAUUGAAGCGGCAUGGGUGAUCACGAUGGAUUAUAUAUUAAUCUAAAUGUGAAGGGUUAUGUUAAAUAUAUACAUAUAUGUUAUUUUAUAUGUAAUAUUUCUGUUAUAAAAAUUAAGGGGAUAGUGUGUAUACCAUAAGAAGAAAAUAUAUUUGGAAAUAUUGAUAGUUCUGAAUGAAAAUUGAACGGGAAAGAUAUUAAUAUUAAUUUUGACGUUAUAUAUGAUUUUUAUUAUAUAAAAAAUGUCCUGCCAACGCGUUAUAAUACAUGAUAAAAUAUUGUUUCGUAUUUUAAAAACCAAAGGCUGUGAUAUAUCUACUAUAUGUGAUAAAAUGAAGUUGGACAUAAGAAAUAUAAAAAUCUUGUCGGAGGAAGAGCUAUGCGAAUUAUGGUAUCAUGUGAAAAUAAUACUGUUGAAAGCACAAAAGCUAUCUAUAUUACAAUCGGAUAAUGAAAAUUCCAAAGAAAAGCAACAAGCACUAAAAUUGAUACAGGCGAUAGCCGCAAUGGCUUUGGAGACGGUGAUGCAUAAAACGUUUUUACCGAAUGUGUUAUUAGAGAUCGUAAUAAUACUUCACUCUGUCAUAUUGCCAGAAAUAAAAGAUACAAAGGUAAAAGAUGAGAUAUCGUACCUUUUAGAAAAUUGGUGGAAGUCAAACAUGAUAUGGAAAGAAAAAGUGAUAAUGAACGCUAUAAAGCAUCUGACUGAAUCUUCUAAAACUUCAUCGCAACAUAUUAAACGAUUAUAUAAAAUAAGAUCUGCGCUGUAUUUAAUAAAACGUAACGAAGAUAUACAAAUGUUGGUUGAAUUAUCGCGAAGUGCCGUUGUUAUGUCUGUACCAGAAGGAACGGUUAUUUUGUUAAAAUUAUUUGCGUUAGGAGAAGAAUUCGUAAUGGGGAUUCAUAAUAAUGUAAAAACAAUACUUGAAAUUGGAGAGUCUGACGUAAUAAAAAGAUAUGCGAAUUUAUAUGCCAAAGCAUGGUUGAAUGCUACCAAUAAAACUAAAAAAUUAAUCAUUGAAAAAUGUUUCAAAAAUAUUAUUUUUCAUUGUCUAAGAUCGCGUAGAGAUUCUACAGGACGAGUCAAACUUGGAACGAAUUUACUUAUAUUCGUAGAUGCGUUACAUCGUUAUAAAAGCAACGCGAUAAAAGUGAUGUUGCACGAUCAUUGGAACAGUUUAUUGUGGGAACAUUUGAAGGCAUCUGGAUCGUGCGUCAGAUGCAACGCAGCCGAAAUUCUAUUUGUUAUUUAUUCCGUGGAAUCAAAAUAUUUGACACAAAAUGAAAAUGAAAUGAAACAAUAUACAAAAGCUAUCUCACAACUUUUGAAAGAUUCCAAUCAACAAGUGUGCCUUAUAGCUAUAAACGGUACUUCUAAAAUAUUAGAAUCUCAUUGGAAGUGUAUACCUGCUGAUAUAAUUAAAAAUUGGUUAAAUAUUUUAUCUUAUCAUAUGAAAAGCAAAUUCUCUUCAGAAAUUAAAAUAAGUAUCCUAAAUGGUAUCAAGCUAAUGGUAUCAAAUAAACAUUCUCACGCAAGUGUAAAAGAUUUUUUAAAUAACUUUGUCAAUCAAAUAUAUUACGCAGACAUAGACGUUAUCAAAUGUUUUAUUAAACUUCUUAUAUAUCUUCAAAAUCAGAUUGGCAUUUCAAUCUGGGAUAGCGUUGCAUUAACUACUUUAUUGAAAUGUAUAGAGGAUACCAAUGAGUCAAAGCUAUUAGAGGAAUUAAUAAAAUUAUUGUGUUUGCGGAUACAACUAGACGAUUUAAAUAAUGACGAUGCUACAGAAGAAAUCAUAAAUAUAGGAACGAAGAACAUUACAGCAACAAGAAAAUUUUUUUUUCAUUCAAAGGAUAUCGUUAAUUGGGAUAAUGCUUUUAGACUUAUAAAUAUCAUAUUACUAACGAUCGAAAGACAAGCAAGCUGUUUAUUAGCAGAUGAUGAAACAAACAAUAAAUGCAGUAAAAGAUUUAAAAGGAAUAACGAUAAAUCACAUAAUGGAAACUCUACCAAAGAUAUAGUUAAAAAAGAGAUUGACACGUGCGAAUCGAUUAAUAUAUUACUCGAGGUAGUUGCUAUAAUAUUGUAUGUAAAUAAAAAAAAUGUUGUGAAUGAAUAUUUUGACAAGGAAGAAGGGAGGGACUUACGGCGUGUUUUUACAAGUAUACUUCCACAAAUUUUAUGUUCUUAUAGAGUACAGAAAUUGUCUUUGAAUGAAUCUACAUUGUUUUUACUUUCGUUUGUACCUGUGACUAUGAUGAGCAAUGCAAACAAUAUAUGUGAAACCAUUGCAAAACAAUUAUCUAAUCAUAAUGUUUCCAAUGAGAUGUUAAUCACAAUUUUAUACACGUUAAUGAAAUGGGAAAAAAUGGAUAUAGUUUUUACAUUGUUAAAAGAUUUGAUAACAAAAUUUACAAACGUAGAGUAUAAUCAGGAAAACAGUAAUGAUUCGAUCAUGAAAGAACAAGAACAAACACUGGUGUUAACUGUAGGAAUAUUAAAGCACUUAUUGAAUAUUGAUUUUCAAGAAAAAUUAUUAAUUGCAUAUCAUAAAGAUUUAGUAAACGUUUGGAAAGACUUGCGCGUGAUACAAUAUCACGUGGAAAAUAGAUUGAUAUGUUCAAAUGAAUUAAGUAACGUCGUAAUGAAAGAACAAGUUUUAAUCGGUCUUUUCAAGGACUAUUUAUCAAUAAUAUAUAUCCUAUUGAAAAUUGACGUUUAUGAUGUUUCAGAAUGCCUUCAAAAUAUAUUAUCAUGGGUUGAAGAGAGAGUGAUACCUCGAAUCCCUACAAUGGAAGAACAUGAAAAACAUCAAUUUCCGAUUAAUAUAUUGAAGAUAGUUUUUAACGUAUGCAAUUCGAUGAUAAAAGAAUGCCAACUCCCUACAAAGAUAUGUUGUAAAAUUAUAGUUCUGUAUUUCAAAUCUAUUUCUUCAUCCGCCGGCAUAAUUUUUAUGCACGACGCUUUAAAAGCAAUCAUUGCUUUAUUGCACUUUAAUAAAACUCAAUAUUACAACGAAGAUUCUAAUUUAUUAAAUACUAUUCUACCAAAGUUCUUAUACGCUGUAAUGAUAUCUUUAAAUAAAUAUCCCAAAGACGUUAUAAUCGAACAUACAAAUAAUUUAAAAAUGUUAAAUUUGUUAAUAGAAAAAUACUUUGAAACCAUCGAAUUUACAUACAGCGAUCAAAAAAUGCAUGCUACGUACUUAACUAUUAUAUUAAAUACUGGUAUCAGCAAUAUAAGCAAAGAAAUCGUUGAUAACGCUGGAAACAAUUCAACGGACAUAUUGAAAAUUAAAUUUCCAUUUCUUGCAGAAAAGAUUUUGAAGAAUACGCUUUAUUUAAAAAAAUAUCAACAUGCAUGCUUUCUUGCUAUAAAACAAGCUGUAAUACACUACGAUGAAGUUGAUAUACUUUCUACGUUACUGAUAAUAAAUGAAAUGUUUAACUUACCAAUUAAAUCCACGAGAAAACUUCAAGACAUUACAAAUGUAAUCAAGUUAGAAUAUGAAAAACGAUGCGAUCUUACUGUCCAUAAUAGGUAUCGUAUUCGAAAUUUAUUGUUGAUGCAAUAAAAACGAUCGUUAACUCGAUACAAAGUAACUUUUAAAAAUGAGACAAACUUAUAUACAAUAAUUUAUUGUUAAUCUAUUAAAAAUAUCUUUUCUAUGAUUGAUAUUUUUCUAACCAUGUUAUAUAUCAUACAUUUUCUACGAAUAGAAAUAUUUUAGUUAUAGUUUUCAAUGCAUUUGUUUGUAAAAUAUUAACGAAGAAGAAUAAUCUUCUAUGGUAUAUCCCGGUUAUUUUAUUUUGAUAUUAAUAUAUUUUCUUUGGAAUGUAAAAUACUAUUUUGAUUGCAUCAAAGAAAUAGUAAUUACCAAAAUGCGUUUGUGAAUAUAUAAUGGUAAGAUAUUUUAUAAAAAAAACAUUAUAUAAAUGUAAUGUUUUUCUAUUGUUUUUAAACAGUACGAUUAUCAUUUUAUUUUAGCCAGACAACGUAAUGUUUCUCAUUUGUCUUACCGCAGCCACGACACGGGCAUUGCAACCAGAGCUACCACUUUGAUAUUCCUCGGGUGGUAAUCUUAAUAAUAAUGACAUAUGUUGCAGAUUCUCCGAUAACGAAAGACCAAGCUCUUCUAGAACGUUUCCAACGUAAUCUACAAGAAUUAGGAUUAAUAAAAUUAAUAUUUUAUUUUAACAACACGAACGAUAGAAUUAUUCGACUAUACUCACCUAUGUCAGUAGCAAGUUGCUUGCAAGCAACAGAACUUAAUCGGCCAAUGGCUAAUGUUUGAUCAUGAAACAUUUGGCAAGUUCCUCUGGCAAUAAUAUCUAAUAAAAUACCAGUGAAACCAGAUUCCGUUGACCCCUGAGCGUACUGAGGAUCGGCAGCUUUUAAUGCCAAUGUUAAACUUGGAUUAUCCCUUAAUAAAAAUGGUUCCAAAUGUUGAGGAAGCGUCAUCAGA